AUGGCUCGAUUAUCGGAACCACUGACGCAAACUUCGCUACAAUCGUAUAUGUUCUAUCAACUUCGUUCCUUCUCCCCAUCUGCUCCAGACAGUACCAUAUCUUACCAGGCCGGUAUGCUUCAAGCGGCUUUCACGGGGGCUCAAUUUUGCACAGCCGUCUUCUGGGGCAGAAUGGCUGAUUGGGAGCAGAUGGGUCGUAAGAAAGUCAUUCUGGUCGGACUCUUGGGUACUGGAAUUGGAGCUUUGGGCUUCGGUUUCAGCAGCAGUUUUGCUGUGGCACUCUUUUGGAGAGCCCUUGGUGGAGGUAAGUUGAUUCCCUGUACCGCCGAACCAGAGAGCAUCGAGCCAUAUGCAAAGUUUCAUUCCCUCUGCUAA